GGGGAGCUUCUGGCCCCUUUGGGCCUGAGUUGGACAGCUUUCAUUUAGUGUGAGACCCCUGAUUGAACGUAUUCCAAUAUUUAAACGUUUUGAAAUCCCGCUGAAGUAACUCGUUUGGAUUCAGUUCUAGGCGACGAUGAUGAUCUGGCUUCUGAUUGGCUAUCUGCUGCCACUGGCGAUUUCCGCAGCGCCUCCUCCAAUCAACCGGCUGGCGUUAUUUCCGGACAAGAGCGCCUGGUGCGAAGCCAAGAACAUCACCCAGAUAGUGGGUCACAGCGGCUGCGAGUCCAAAUCCAUCCAGAACCGGGCCUGCCUGGGGCAAUGCUUCAGCUACAGCGUCCCCAACACGUUCCCGCAGUCCACCGAGUCUCUGGUUCACUGCGACUCCUGCAUGCCGGCCAAGUCCAUGUGGGAUGUGGUCACAUUGGAGUGUCCAGGCAAUGAAGAUGUCCCCCGCGUGGACAAGUUGGUGGAGAAGAUCCUGAGGUGCAGCUGCCAGGCUUGCGGGAAGGAGCUGAGCCAGGAGGGAGCCAUGUUUAACGUGUACCUGAACACGGCCGAGGAGACGCUUCCACCCGCAGAGAGCGUCGGCCGCCACCAGUCACCCCACCGAGAGGAGGACUCGCCGUCACCGGCACAGAGAGACGGAGAGAGCGAGGAAUGACAGUCCCACCUCCCGGACUCGUACACAAUGCCCCACUCCCAUCACCCACGGCCAUAGGUACAGCCGCCUGCGCGGCACAGAGAAAGACACGUUCUCGGGACCUAUGGCCGACGGGACACAUGCGUGUCAACUCCAACGGUCACAGGGUCCAUGAGUAAGAGAAAUCGGGGUAUUAUUGCUUAAAAUCCAGCAGCUGCACCUUAAUAUCCGUGACCCAGCAGGGUUGGCCGAGAACCUGCCACAGUUUAAAAGUUUGUAACUUAGGGCGCAGAAAUACGCCCGGCUCUAUCAGCUUCACUAGGCCUAGGGGCAGUUAAUGAGUUAAAGACACUGAUGUAUUAAACACUGCGUAUUAAAUUCUAUCUCAGUGGCCUUCUUAGAUCUCUAGUAGCCACCCGGACCUGCCUGGCUUCACGCUCUCCAGCGGUUAAUGGAGACGAUGACUCCGUAUCCCGCAGACUAUCGCUUGGGUCGUUUAGUAUAAUGAG